UGAUCAAGAUGAGUAUAAGACAAAUUGUGCAUUGUUUACAGUGACAAAACUGGAAGAGAAACUGAAGGAUAAAGCUAUUUUUAAAUCUCAUAGAAAGAGCGUUAUUACAUUGUUGGCUCUGAAGAAAUUGGUGGAUGUUGGUGCGACGGCUGUGAAGAAAGAACAAGAGCCAAAUGAUGAAAUAGAAAAAGAGAUCUGGAAUGCGGAAAAGAGAGAAGCUGGAGCAGGCACUAACGAGUUUAGUAAACGUUUUAAUAUUUUAUGGAAUAAACUAGACAAAGUAUGUCCACAACUGAGAGAUAGUCCUGAAGUAAAUCAGACAUCUCAAGUGACUAAUACAUCGAAAAUGGAUAUGACAUUAACAACAACAAAUUGA